AUGACUCCAAUAAUGAUGUACUCGGGCGUCUGCCACACGGAUCUACUCCUCCAGCAGGGCGGUCUUGCUCCAUUCCUUGACUUUCCUGCCAUUGCUCGACAUGAGGGCGCUGGUGGAUAUAUCCUCCGAGUCGGAGACCACGCUCUGCUCUCCUUUGCUGCAUGCGGGGACUGUGGCUCGUGUCGAGACGACAAGUUCAGCAGUUGUUCCUCGUUCCCAUCCCUCAACCUAAGUGGUAUCUGCCGUGCAGACGGAAGCAGCCCUGCCAAGCUCUCAGACGGUCGACCGGUCAGGAGCCACUUCUUUGGGCAGUCCUCCCACUCACGCAUGUCCGUGGUUCACGAAACCUGCGUGACAGGCGCCGGGACCAUUCUCAACUUCCUCAAUCCCCGGUCGGACCAGACGGUGGCAGUAUUUGGAGCGGGAAGUGUUGGCUUUGCCGCCAUUCUGGCCGCCGCGGGCAUUCUCAUCAGGCAGAUUGGGAGUCUUGCAGCUGAGGUCAAGAACGCGACAGGAGGUCUGGGAGUGGACUUUGCCGUUGAUACGACUGGAGUGUCUGCAGUUGUUGAGCAAAUGCUGGAUUGUCUAGCCUACAGCGGGACGGCCGCGUCGGUGGGCUCUCCGCCCAAAGAUGACAUGAUCAACGUGGGCUCAGGAUCCUUCUUUGCCGGCAAGAAGACGUGGGUGAGCAUUGCUGAGGGUGACUCUGAUCCUCCGGAGGUUGUAGCUACACCCCCUUCUCUAGAUCGGAAAGUCCCAGUUUAUCCUGUUACCGAGAUCGAGAAGGCUAUCACCGAUAUGAAAGAUGGGAGGCUGAUCAAGCCGAUUGCCAAGUUUUAG